AUGGAGGCGGUGGUGCUUCGGAGGCGCUCCUGCUGCAGGCGACUGCUUUUCUCGGGGACUCGGCUCGGCUCUUCGAGCUCGCCGUCCUCACCGUGGAUCGGCUGGUCGCACUGCAGCCUGUUCACCGAGCCAGUCGACAGCGACGCGGGGGAGGCCGCCGAGGAGAGCGUGUUCGCAAAGGUGGCCCAGAGGCGGCGCAUCCGCCGCAGCGUCACUGCCAAUCUCGGGCCGGGCCUUCCCACGCACAUCUUGCCGGCGGUGACGACGUCGAAGAUCCUGUCGCGUCGAGGGACGUGCCCGACGGGGAUGUGCCUCAGUGCAGACGGCAGCGCGGAUUUCUCUGCCGUGGAAGGCGUCCCGCGAUGCAUUUCAGGCUCGUCAUCGUCGUCGGACUGA